UAUUUUGUGUUCCGAAUUGGAAAAAAACAAGAGUUUCCGAAUGCGUUAUGGUACUUGACAUGAAGCCUUGAAGGGUGGUUACUUGGUCCGAUUACCUGCUGCAGUUCAUCUAUUACGCUUUAAAUGAGGAAAACGCGGAGUCAAACAGUUUCACCCACUUUCACUUCCGCAAACCUGCGCCUGCGCCAUGUGGAUUGUGUAAAUUGUCAACAUACACGUAUCACAACCAUUGAUCAACGUAAGGUUGGGGAUACAGAACUUCAGAACGAUGGCAGCCCAGACUUUUCAACAGGAAUAUAUGCAGAUGCCCCCAAUUACGCGGGCAUACACAACAGCUUGUGUUUUAACAACAGUAGCCAUUCAACUAGAUGUGAUAACUCCUUUCCAAAUUUACUUCAAUCCAGAGCUUAUAUUUAGAAAAUAUCAGGUAUGGAGAUUAGUCACGAAUUUUAUGUACUUUGGACCGAUUGGGUUUAAUUUCUUAUUCAAUAUGAUAUUUGCUUACCGCUACUGCCGUUUACUGGAGGAAGGAUCUUUUCGUAACCGAACUGCUGACUUUUUCUUCAUGGUUUUAUUUGGAGCGGCUCUUAUGACUAUUUUCGGUUUGUUUGUUAACAUUGUGUUCCUGGGCAGUGCCUUCACCAUCAUGCUGGUCUACGUGUGGAGUAGAAGGAACCCGUACAUAAGGAUGAACUUCUUCGGCCUCAUGACCUUCCACGCCCCAUACCUACCGUGGGUCCUACUCGGCUUUUCUGUCCUGCUGGGAAAUUCUGUUCUCGUGGAUCUUAUGGGUAUUGCUGUCGGACAUGUGUAUUACUUUUUGGAAGAUGUAUUUCCUAAACAGAAAGGAGGAUUUAAAUUAUUAAAAACACCAGGAUUUUUGAAAUAUAUUUUGGAAGGAGCAGCUGAUGACCCAAAUUACAACCCACUCCCAGAAGACCGACCUGGAGGAUUUAACUGGGGAGAGGGUCAGGCUGCAGGGAACAGAGACCAGCCUAACCAGGGCUAACGAACACCUAUUUAUCUAUAAAUCUAUUGGUCUUAUUCCGCAAACUCGUCACAGUAACCAGGCUGUUUUACCGAGGAUCAGUCCGUGACUGUGAACUACGGGUAGAUAUUUUGUCUGAAUAAACACAGAAAAUCUGCUGUUGCACUUAUUGUUAUAACAGAAUGGUUGAAGGUAAUAGGAGAUAACUAUGAUUUAAGGUAUGUAUUCUCCAGAGUUUUUGACAAUAUAAGCAGGGUUAUGAAAUACCUGGGGAGAAUUGAUCCUAUAAAGCUUCAAACUUGUCCUCCCCAUGUAUACCAUGUACCAAUUACCCAAUAAUUCUAUAUUUAUUUACUCAAACAUAUUUUAUAAAUAUCUAUCAAAGGGAUUAGGCCCAAGUCCUCACAACUUACUAAGCCGUCUCCUCCUCAUGAUAUAUAUGUUUGUCAUAUUCUUAGAGGAGUUCAGUAACUGUUGAAUGGGAGUAGUGGCUGUUCUAUUUAGGGGCUACUUCAGUAUUGAAUGGGAGUAGUGGCUGUUCUAUUUAGGGGCUACUUCAGUAUUGAAUGGGAGUAGUGGCUGUUCUAUUUAGGGGCUACUUCAGUAUUGAAUGGGAGUAGUGGCUGUUCUAUUUAGGGGCUACUUCAGUAUUGAAUGGGAGUAGUGGCUGUUCUAUUUAGGGGCUACUUCAGUAUUGAAUGGGAGUAGUGGCUGUUCUAUUUAGGGGCUACUUCAGUAUUGAAUGGGAGUAGUGGCUGUUCUAUUUAGGGGCUACUUCAGUAUUGAAUGGGAGUAGUGGCUGUUCUAUUUAGGGGCUACUUCAGUAUUGAAUGGGAGUAGUGGCUGUUCUAUUUAGGGGCUACUUCAGUAUUGAAUGGGAGUAGUGGCUGUUCUAUUUAGGGGCUACUUCAGUAUUGAAUGGGAGUAGUGGCUGUUCUAUUUAGGGGCUACUUCAGUAUUGAAUGGGAGUAGUGGCUGUUCUAUUUAGGGGCUACUUCAGUAUUGAAUGGGAGUAGUGGCUGUUCUAUUUAGAGGCUACUUCAGUAUUGAAUGGGAGUAGUGGCUGUUCUAUUUAGAGGCUACUUCAGAUUGGAGGGGAAAACAGUCACAAAGGUAUCGGUUGUAUAUAAUGAAAAAAUCUGUUUCAUCAACAUCCCUACACCAUUUUGUCUGCCACAUUUCCCUCCUAUACAGCUGAACUAAGGAACGGUCCUGAUUUAUUUGUGAUUCUCAUUAAGUGUUUAUGUGGGAAUUGUUUGUCGUUAUGGAUAUUGUUCAGAAAUGUUCUUGCUUUAACUUUGUGAACUGUUAAUCAUUUCAAAAUUUUAAUAACUUUUUAUGACUUUAAAGUGUUUUAUGAGCAUGUUGAAAUAUUUUGUCAAAAAAUUAUCCUAUAGCAGUUGCUGUUGUGAAAUACGUUUGGGAAUUUCAGUGGUUGCUUAACUCAUUCACCCCUAAUGUCAAAUUUGAACCAUUCCAAAUCAAUGACUGGGUAAGUCCAGAUUAGAUAUGUAGGGGUGAAUAAGUUAAUUGAUUCACAGCUGUAAUUAACUAAACAUCAUUAUGUCUUUAAUGUGUCUAUGUUAUAUUUUUUUCCAGUGUCUUAUAUGUGUUACUAUGGAGGAUAUAUUUGGCAGUACUAUUGUCAACUUUCACUACUGAAAAAUCCAUUGACAUGACAACAACUCAGAUCUUAAAAUUUUUCCAGUAAAUCAAAAAAGCCAUAGAAAUGGUGUAGAAUGGAUAUAAAUCUGGACAGUAUGUGAAUUCAUGGCUGUUUGUUUUGGUUUAUUCAGAUCUUUUAUAUCGGAAUGCGAUAUUUGUUUAAAGUGUCUUCAAAUAUAAAGGUGUUUGUGGUUUCCUUAUAUUGUAUUUUGUGCAAUAAGAUUAGAAAAUGGGUUUUCAGUUUUUGAUUCACAAGUGUGUGGUGUCGAAAAAACAAAAUUUCCACUUUCUUUUAUUGUUGUCAAGUUGUCAAUGGUGUCUUCAAUUUUUCAGAUUUCUUGUUUUAUAUAUUUGAAUUAAUUGGUCGCCUCGCACAUUUACGAAGGAAAUAGAGAAAUACUGCAGUUGUCAUUUCCAAAUGUUUUGUUGUCAUUCAUCUUAUCAGGAUAAUGAUAUGCCGAUACUAAGUAGGAAGUGAAUGUAUUCGUGCUCAUUGUUCAAUAUUUUUAUUUCUACAUUGUAUAUAACAAAUCCUUUACAUUUCUUAGCUUCACCUUAUUGUCAAGCAAUUGCAGUUAGGUAAUCAUGGUUACGGUCGUCAACACUCAUGUGAUUAUGUUAAUUUACCCCCAGUUUGUCUUAGCAACAGAUAUGGUCAUUUAGAGAUUAGGUCAAUACCAAGGUCACUGAUACUAUUUAUAGGUUAAUCACCGCUAAUUUGUAACAGAUUCAUUGUCAUUAACUUCAAGGGCAAAGGGCCAUACAUGUGUUUAAGUCAUUUUUCUAGUUUCGUAAGAAAUCAUUUUGAUAUUGGCAUAGCUAGAAAGUAUUUAAGCACAUAUUAACACUAGUUAUAUUCCUGCCACUUUUUGAUGUUUUAAAAGUACUUGUUACACAAUGGACGGGUUAUGGUUUUCACUCACUGGUUGAUCACCAUAUGCUUUGUGUUCGGUCUCAUAUAUCUUCAUUUAAAAUGUUGUAAACAGGUUGUUUGAUUACUGGAAAUGAAUUGAAUAUUCAGUAUCAUCUACUAGUACACUAGUCGUAAAUUUCAAUAUCCUGAUAAUGAAGUCUAUUAAUCUGAAAGUGCCUGUCUUUUAGGUUACAGAACACCAUUCUGUCGGGAUCCUUGAAAUUCCAGUGGUACCGCUCACUUACAUUCUCUACACCCCUCGAAUAUGUCAUGACAAAAUUGAAGGCACAAAGUUAGUGAUUUGAUUGGUUUCAUUUGUAAAAACAUGACCAAGCACAAUGCUGAUGCUGUCCUUUGAAGCUUACAAAGGCGAUACAUCCAAAUUCAAAGCCAGUCAACUUACAAUUUAUCCUGCUGGGUGAUUCUAUAGAUAUUUAUGUGACUACAAGACUACACAUGAAUUUCACUCCAGCCAGCUACAAUAAACAUAUAUUAGAUGUUGGUUUUUACACAUUUGUCCUCUAUUGUCAUCUAAAAAGUAUUUGAAGUAAGCAUAGAACACGAAAGUUUGAUAGCAUCUGUAUAUACGUACAAUAUAUAAGGAUUUUCUUCAAACGUCAUACAAUGCUAAAACAUUCGAGAAUUGAUUGAAAAGAUUGAAAAUCAAAUAGUCCUAUUUCAUGUCUGUAAGAAAUUGUGUGUAAUAAUGUUUUUAUUGCAAUAUUUUAUGAAAAUAUAAUAAAGUUUGAUGACCGAGAA